UCCAAAGAAAUCUCCGGAAUCAAUAGCAACAUACAGAAAAAGAAAACCCUCCCAUUAUCUGCUUUCAUGGCCACACCAAUCCCAUAGCCUUGUGGAUGCAAUACUGCAGUCCUUCUCGUGCCAAGGGUUGGACUGGUAGCGAAUUUGGAUCCCAGUUUCCCGCUACAAGCACUGUCAACCUCUCCCUCUUCUCUCCUCAAAGCUUCACGCCACCCCUGAAAGUAUUCACACCAGAAAUAGAUGCGACAUGCUUUCAAGUCAGAGACCCAACAAAUUUGUCGACGAUCCGCAGUCAUUGACAGCCAGCGGUUAUGGCCGAAGAUGCGGGCACUCCCACAACGUUGAGCCACGCGGCGCACCAUUUCAGCCCUGCCGUACAGACAGGCGUUCUCCUCGUG